AUGUCUGCCGCUGGAUUUCAAUAUACCGGGGAUAGAGACACAGCUCGUUGUAAACAUUGUGGACUUGAAGCAUUCAAUUGGACAGCAGAUAUGAAUCCGUUUACUAUUCAUUCUGAACAAAGUCCUCAUUGGUCAUACGUUCGCUCCAUGAAACCAUCAUCAUUAUCAGUUGUACUUGAAUCUUCCUCCUCGUCAACAACUACUGAUCAAAAUACAUUAAUAUCAGAUGAACAAGAAAAUCAUCCUCAACCUCGAAAAAUUGAUUUAAAAUCUCGAUUAAAUAAUUUAUUCGAACCUGAUUCACUUCAACAAUGUCGAUGA